CUUAUUCGCCGGAUAUUCCUGGUGCAUUCAAGUGAUCAAAAGUGAAUCCGUUGAAAUUUGAAUAAAAAUGAGUGGAAAAGUAUUUAGUGAUAUUUUUAACAAAAUUAUGCUGUGUACUUUUAUUUUAUUCGGCAGUUUAUGUCUUGUUUCGACUAGUAAUUCAACAGAAGAACUUGAUCAAAUAUUUGAAUAUGUUCCACUUAAUGGAUCAGAACAUCCGUGCAUCAGGCUAUGUGUGAAAGACACACCAAAGAUGAUUUGCAGGUACCAUUUCAAGAUUGAAGAAUACCGGACUAUGAGCAAGGCAUGCUUUGACUGUCCUCACAAUAUUCAGGAUUGCGAUAGACCACAUUGUGUUCAUGCUGACGGAGUCCCUAGAGGAGUUGUCGUUGUUAAUAGACAAUUACCUGGCCCAAGUAUACAGGUUUGCCGGGGAGAUACAGUUAUAAUCGAUGUAGAAAAUGAAUUGAUGACGGGAAGUACCUCUAUACAUUGGCACGGUCAUCAUCAGCGUGACACACCAUAUAUGGAUGGAGUACCUAAAGUGACACAAUGUCCAAUUGCACCAGGAACCACUUUUAGGUAUCAAUUUGAUGUUCAACAAGUAGGAACUCAUUUCUGGCAUUCACAUUCUGGAAUGCAAAGGGCUGAUGGUGCCUUCGGCUCAUUUAUCGUACGAGAACCAGUUGAAACAAACCCUCACGCUGAUCUUUACGAUUAUGAUUUACCAGAGCAUGUGUUGGUAAUCUUAGAUUGGGAACACCAACUUGGAAUGGAUAAAUUUUUGGCACACCAUCAUGGAGGUGGUAAUAACAAACCACCAAGUCUACUAAUUAAUGGGAAAGGCAGAUUUCGAAGAUUUCCUCUUAACAAAACCGAGGAAAAUGCAACUGAUGUACUUUAUACACCGACGGCAAGAUUUACAGUGGAACCGGGAUUUAGAUAUAGAUUUCGGGUCAUUAACGCCGAGUUUCUAAAUUGUCCCAUAGAAAUUUCAGUUGACAAUCAUACAAUGACCGUAAUCAGCACAGAUGGUUUUGAUACACAACCUGUUGAAGUGGAGUCCUUGGUAACCUAUGCUGGAGAACGAUUUGAUUUCAUAAUCGAUGCCGAUCAAGAUACCGACAAUUACUGGAUUAGAAUGCGAGGACUUAUGGAUUGUGACUCUAGAUUUACAAAGGCUCAUCAAGUUGCAGUUCUGCACUAUGAUGGAGCUUCCGAUGAUGAACCUGACUUAGAACUCAGCUGGGAACUCAAUACCAAAGAAGGCCUGCAACUUAAUGCUCUAAAUAAAGGACCAGGACAUAACGAUACAAUGACUGUUGCCGAAAUGAAAUCUGUGGUUCCGACAGAUCCAAGCCUAAAAGAAACUCCAGACUACAAAUUUUUCUUGUCGUAUGAUUUUCAUGCUAAAAAUAAUCCAUUAUUCCAUCAGCAAGGAUUGUACGGAUUCAAUCAAGUUAAGGACAAAAAAUAUCGCAUAUAUACACCACAAAUAAAUCAUAUAACGCUAAAACUGCCACCAUUCAAUAUGCUAUCAGGAAGAUCACAAUUUACGUCUGAAUCAUUUUGUAAUGCAACAUCCAUGGCUAACGCAAAAUGUGUGACAAAUUUCUGUUCCUGUACUCAUGUUCUGAGUGUCAAGUUGAAAAGUGUAGUCGAACUAAUAUUAGUAGAUCAAGGUUUCACAUUCGAUGCAAAUCAUCCUUUCCACCUGCACGGUCAUGCGUUCAGAGUAGUUGCUAUGAAUAAAAUUGGACCUCAUGUUACAACUGGACAAGUUAAAGAUUUAGAUGAAAUGGGUUUAAUUAAAAGAAAUUUAAAUGAUUCGCCACCACUAAAAGACACGGUUACCGUACCUGAUGGCGGAUUUACUAUUCUAAGAUUUUAUGCAGACAACCCAGGUUAUUGGCUGUUCCAUUGUCAUAUAGAAUUUCAUGUAGAACUAGGAAUGGCCCUUGUAUUCAAGGUGGGCGAAGAUGAUGAGAUGCCACCUACUCCUAAAAAUUUCCCACAGUGCGAUAAUUGGAUUCCGGAGGACUUAAAAAUUGAUAGCAAUUCGACAGAAACUUCUGGGUCCGCAUGCAGUAUGGUUAUAUAG